UGAAAGAUUCAAACCUCCAUAUCCGAACUGAAACAAAGCAGAAAACCCAGAACUUGGAAAGUUGAGAAAUUUGAGAGAGAGAGAGAGAGAGAGCUGACCAUGGAAAACCAAUCUCCAAACUAUAUUCCCAGGCGAAGAGACCACCAUCAGGAACCAUCCUCGGACUUCAACUUGAACGAUUGGGAUUUGAAAGCCAGCAGGAUCAGCAGACACAACACCAGCUCCCGAAGGUUCUCCGCUUCCAACAUCAGGAGCUUCCGAGAGGACAACCGCUCUUUCCGUUCCAACUUCACCACCUCCAGCACUGCUUCUUCCCCUGGCUACCCUUGUUUUAGAGAUGAGAUUGAUCCUUCAACAUACUCCUUCACCACUGCUCUCAAAGCAUUGCAGGCGAGGUCAGGGUAUCUGUGGGAGUGCUUGUCGCCAGAAGGAUUCGCUCUGAAUUCAAAGUGGAGCGAUGCAGAGAAGUACAUCAGCAACCCGCUCUCCGGGCAGGUGCCAAUGGAGUGCCUGUCUUCAAAAACUCUCAGUGCCAGAUCUUUCCGCAACAUGAUGACCAGCCGGAUCACCAUGUCUGCACCUCUCAUCUACUCUGCUUCUUCACAUCAUUCGUAUUUCUCUGUACAAACCAGUAACAAGCUUGCCUCUCCCAACCCACAAGAAAAUGUGCUCCAAAUCCCAAUUCAAGAAAAGAAAGUGGUGAGAGCGACUAGGGAUAUUGGAAUUCAGAGCACGCUGACCGAUCUGACGUCGAGCAGCCCAAGCCUGGCUUCGACACCGUCGAUUGGAGAGAGGAUGCCGAAACGGUGCAGUGCCGAUAGCGAGGAGUCGCCACAUUCAAAUUCGAAAAUGAAGUCCGAGGAAGAGGUACGAAUGCUGGGGCGAAAGAAGAAACGGGAGACGAAGAAGAAGAGGAAGGCAGCACGUCGACGAGAGACAGCGAGGAGGGAGAGAAGGAAGAUGGGCAAAGGAGUUGCAGGUGCAGGCAAGUCGGGUGCCUCUCAUGGAUGAGCAAGAGGAAGCAGAGGGAGAACCACAGGAGGCGACCCGCCCGGAAGAUCAAGGCGUUGCUGUCGCAGAUCGGAGCGUGCUAAAGACGGAGAUGGAUUGCACUUGUUGUUGGGGAGUGAAAAGUUUGUGAAUUGUUGUUGUCACGAAGGGAUGGCAUGGCAGCUUUUUUUUCUUGGAGAUCACAUGCUCGUUUCGAUUCUCUCCUUAUCCUGGCUCGAAAUUUGCUGUUGUAGGGUCGACCUCUGUGGACCUCAGAAAGAACUGAGAAGGCAUAUGGCAGGAGCCGAAUGGAAGAAGGCAAAUAAUUUUGUGGAAAACUAGGUG